GCAAAUUGCUCGCUCGCGCGCACUCGCCUCGCCCGCCCAGGAAGAAAACCAACCAACUCCAUUCUCGUCACCUCGUUCUUUAAUUAAAUGCAAUCCGUCGUGCGUCAGCGUCUGUCCUCUUCCGCGGCCCGCCGCUCCUCGCUUCUGCGUCGUGCCGCGUCUUCCAAGGCGGCAGUCGAGCCCGUAUUCGACAAGCGCGAUGGCUCCAAGGGUGAGAUCGACAGCGCGCGCGCCUUCAUCGAGUUCAAGCGCGAACCUGAUCCGUACCGCGACGUGGAGGAGCGAGUGCACGACUGGAACGAGAUCAACACGCCCCGUCGCGACCCCAUCGAGCGCAAGAUCCAAGCGGCUCGCUGCAUGGACUGCGGUACUCCUUUUUGCCAGACCAACACGGGCUGUCCCGUAAACAACCUUAUUCCGGAGUGGAACGAGCUGGUCUUCCGUGACGAGUGGAAGGAAGCCAUCGACCGUCUACACAAGACCAACAACUUCCCUGAAUUCACGGGACGUGUGUGCCCCGCGCCCUGCGAGGCCGGAUGUGUCGCCGGCCUUGUGGACGACCCCGUCACCAUCAAGAACACUGAGUACGCCAUCGUGGAUCGCGCCUUCGAGGAAGGAUGGAUCGUGCCCCGCAUCCCGCGUCGUAACGGCCUGCGUGUGGCCGUUGUGGGCUCCGGACCCGCCGGUCUCGCGGCUGCCGACCAGCUGAACCAGAAGGGAUACCACGUCACGGUGUACGAGCGCGAGGACCGCAUCGGUGGCCUGCUCAUGUACGGUAUCCCCAACAUGAAGCUGGACAAGAAGACGGUCAACCGUCGUGUGGAUCUCCUGCAACAAGAAGGAAUCGAGUUCGUGACGAACGCUGAGAUCGGUGUCACGACGCCUGUGGAGCAGCUUCAAGCCGAGAACGAUGCCGUUGUCCUGGCUCUGGGCUCCACUGUCCCGCGUGAUGUGGACAUUCCUGGUCGCGACCUCAAGGGCGUCCACUUUGCCAUGGAAUUCCUCACCAAGAACCAGAAGCGACUGAUGCUCACAGUGGACGGCAAACUGCAGAGCGGCUGGGACCGCGACUUUGUCACGGCUGAAGGCAGAGAUGUUGUGGUCAUUGGAGGCGGUGAUACUGGCACAGACUGCAUCGCUACGUCUAUGCGUCAGCGAUGCAAGUCGGUGGUUAACUUGGAGCACAACCCACAGCCCCCGGCUCAGCGUGCCCCGGAGAACCCAUGGCCCGAGUACCCGCGUAUCUACGGUGUCGACUACGGCCACGCUGAGGUGCGCUCGGUGUUCGGUGAGGACCCGCGUAAGUACGCUCGCGUCACUAAGGCCUUCAAGGGCAACGAGAACGAUGAGAUCACCCACGUGGUGACUGUGAUGGGCAACAAGGAUCCAAAGACCAACUUCAUUACCGAGAUCCCCGGCACGGAGGAGGAGAUUCCGUGCGAUUUGGUGCUGUUUGCUAUGGGUUUCGUUCACCCAGAGCAGAAGAUCGCGGAGGCUCUUAAUCUGGAGGUUGAUCAGCGUCGUAACAUCCGUGCUGCCUAUGGAGACUACCAGACGUCAGUGGAGGGAGUGUUCGCUGCUGGUGAUUGCCGUCGCGGUCAGUCUCUGGUGGUGUGGGCGAUCAAUGAGGGACGUGGUGUUGCAGACGCUGUGGAGAAGUAUUUCUUGCAAGAGGGCUACCAGCCAGAGGUGUCCCAGAACCAGCGCUUCGGUUAAAGCUCAAAAGUUGACUAUGUACUGGUAGAUCAAACACUUCAACAACCCACAUCGAAGGCUUAUGAAGGCGUCGCAUAACUUAGCUGGAAGACAAGCAGGGCGAUGUAGAGAUGAGGGAUAAUUAUUGUAAUACACACGGUGAAUCCGCUAAACUCGAGAUAUCUUUAUGUCUGGAGUUCUAUGCGCAAACACGAG